GUUGCUUCUAAGCACCGGUACUGCUCACUCGUGUAUUUCAUUCGCGUGAAACUUUGCUUAUAUUUACGAUUACAAUGUAAAUAUUGCAAAUUACCUUGAUAUAUAUAUUGUGAUGUGUAAUUAUGUGAUGUAAAUAUAUUUGUGGAUUAAUACCUGAUGCCUGUCCUCCCUGCAACAGCAAUGUGGUCUCGGAAGCAAUCCGUCUGUAGUGCGGUGAGCGGUGCCUCAAAGGGAGAAGAAAAUGACGUGACACUUGGAGAUCUACACUUAUAUCCUUUUGCUAUUGCACUACGGGUCAGGGUGCUACAGAUCGUGUGCGGCAUCGGAGGUCUGGUGGUGGGUGCCGUAGGCUGGCUGGAGGAGAGGCAUCCGCCAGCUCUGGGCUUGGGAGUACUGGCUGGAGCUGUCACGAUUCUAGCAGCCGCUAUGUCGGUAUACUUCAGCCGAGGUUUUGGCGGAUGGGUGUCUGCUCACUCCAGGUCUUCAAGAAACUGGGGUCCACCUUGGCGAGUUCUGGGACCUUCCCCGUGUGCAGCUGUACCUCUAACGAUGCUGUGGUUAUCGGCUGUAUGUGCGCAUACUGCCAUGAUUGUGGUCUGUAUGCGUUCAAUAAUGAAUAUUAGUUGCAGUACGAAGACCUGCAUCGGGGUAGCUGUGGCUCUGCUCAUCAUAUCCGUAACAACCCUGGCCACAGCGGCCUACAUGCUAUACCUGGACUACAAAUACGACGCUGCACUAUCCCCGCCUCGACCUUCAGAUGCGCACACUUGUACAGCAGUUUCUAUGGUACCUCUAACGUCUGUAGCGCUACAUAGUGGUAACAACGGAGACACAGCUCCAGACACAAGUCCUCUCAACAAGGAGAAAGAGCAUCAGCCUUCACCAGAUCACCCCACUUGAUGAUGAUAACUACACGUGACAUUGGACUUAUAGUUCAGUGAAGCAAACGGUGUAUUCAUAAUAAAUAUUGUAUCAAUUAAUAUAAAAAUGCAACAAUAUCCAAAUAAAACGCAUAAUAUACAUGAACUUUAGCCCUUUUAUCAAUAUUGUGGGCACACAUAAUGUGAAAUUUUUGCAUCUAUUCUAGAAUAUAUUCUUAAUAUUCGAGGAAAAAACUAAAUAUUUAUAUCAAAAUGUUACAAAUACACUAAGACAAAACCUACUUCCGUAUAAUAAAGAAUUUUUUUAUAUUG